AUUUCCAGCCUCGGCUCUUCGCAGUUUCCUCUCCUUGUUUUGCUUUCGAUCUGGACUGUUCUCAGGCAAGCCGGGGAGUAACUUUUAGUUUUGCUCCUGCGAUUAUUCAACUGACGGGCUUUCAUUUCCAUUUCACACACCCUAGCAACACUUAGACCUUGCGGAAUUGUAUUGGUAGCGUGAAAAAGCACACUGAGAGGUUCCAGUUUGGGAGAUGAGGUAGAGAAAGAUGCUCACCUGAAACAACUGAGCAUUUGAAUCAUUCAGGUACCAUGCCUGUGGAAAGGAUGCGAAUGCGCCCGUGGCUGGAGGAACAGAUCAACUCAAAUACGAUACCAGGGCUAAAGUGGCUUAACAAGGAAAAGAAAAUUUUUCAGAUCCCCUGGAUGCAUGCGGCUAGACAUGGAUGGGAUGUGGAAAAAGACGCACCACUCUUUAGAAAUUGGGCGAUCCACACAGGAAAGCAUCAACCAGGAGUAGAUAAACCUGAUCCAAAAACAUGGAAGGCGAAUUUCCGAUGUGCCAUGAACUCCUUGCCUGAUAUUGAAGAAGUGAAGGAUAAAAGCAUAAAGAAAGGAAACAAUGCCUUCAGAGUGUACCGGAUGUUGCCCUUAUCUGAACGGCCUUCUAAGAAAGGAAAGAAACCAAAGACAGAAAAAGAAGACAGAGUUAAACAUAUCAAGCAAGAACCAGUUGAGUCAUCUUUGGGGCUUAGUAAUGGAGUGAGUGAUCUUUCUCCUGAGUAUGCGGCCCUGACUUCAGCUAUAAAAAAUGAAGUGGAUAGUACGGUGAACAUCAUAGUUGUAGGACAGUCCCAUCUGGACAGCAAUAUUGAGGAUCAAGAGAUUGUCACUAAUCCACCAGACAUUUGCCAAGUUGUGGAGGUGACCACUGAGAGCGAUGAGCAGCCGGUCAGCAUGAGCGAGCUCUACCCUCUGCAGAUUUCCCCCGUGUCUUCCUACGCAGAAAGCGAAACUACCGACAGCGUGCCCAGUGAUGAAGAGAAUGCCGAGGGACGACCACACUGGAGGAAAAGGAAUCUAGAAGGCAAGCAGUACCUCAGCAACCUGGGGGCACGGAGUACCUACCUGCUUCCCAGCAUGGCGACCUUCGUCACUUCCAACAAGCCUGAUCUUCAGGUCACUAUCAAAGAGGAGAGCUCUCUGAUGCCUUACAACAGCUCCUGGCCCCCUUUUCCAGAACUCCCUCUGUCUCCCUCCGUGACCCCAGCGCCCAGCAGCAGUCGGCCAGACCGGGAGACACGGGCUAGUGUCAUUAAGAAAACAUCAGAUAUCACUCAGGCCCGUGUCAAGAGCUGUUAAGCCUUUGACUUUUCCUGGUGGUUGUUGGGAUUUCUUGGCUUUGUUUUGUCAUUUGUUUAUAUUUUAUUUUUCUCUCUGACACCUGUUUUAGACAAAUCUAAGGGAAAAAGCCUUGACAAUAGAACAUGGAUAGCUGUGUCCAACUCCAAUACUGGAGCUUCUCUUUAACUCAGGACUCCAGCCCAUUGGUAGACGCAUAUCUCUAGAGCCUGCUGGAUUUCCCAGGGCUACUCCCUCAAGUUCAAGGACCAACAUCCACAUGGGCAAUGGAGGUGCUGCAUUGCCUACGGUCAAGGCCAGCAUGAUGGAGUGGAUGCCUCAAGAAGGACGAGAAAAUGUGAACUAGCUGGGAUUUUUUAUUCUUGUGAAUAUGUAUAUAGGCAGUACUAGCGAAGUUGCAGUCUGCUUCUGCACCUUAUCUUAAAGCACUUAACAGAUAGACCUUCUUAUGAUCUUGCUCUAUCUCACAGCACAUACAGCACCCCCUUCCCUCCCCAUUGCCCUGCCUCCCCUCCCCUCCUACACCACCCAGACAGUUCCUUUUCUACCCUUCCUCCCCUCAAAGGCUGUGUUCUGCAUCCCGGAGGAGGAGAAGAAAAUGAACUUCUCCACAGAUGUCCCAUUUUAAGAUUGCUUUUAAAAAAACCUUUCUAAUCUGCUGUGCUUGAAUGCCACGCGGUACAAAGGAAAACUAUCAUGGAGAUAUUAUGCAAAUUCCCAGAUUUGAAGACGAAAAUACUCUAAUUCUAACCAGAGCAAGCUUUUUUAUUUUUUAUACAGGGGAAUAUUUUAUUCAAGGUAAAAUUCUAAAUAAAAUAUAAUUGUUUUUUAUCUUUUCUACAGCAAAUUUAUAAUUUUAAGAUUCCUUUUCUUGUUUAUCAGCAGUUGUUAUUACAUCCUUGUGGCACUUUUUUUUUUUUAAUUUUGUAAAGGUGAAAAAAGCUUUUAUGAGCUCAUGUAGCAAUCAAAUUAUCCUGUGGAUUGAUAAUAAAUGAAUAUGAUAUAUA